GUCGGAUAUUCUAAAAGCGCGUGUGCGUGGCCUGUAAAUUAUACACUAGACCAAUUGACCGAUAAGAUUUAAUCAGUACAUAUGCUAACCCAUGAUAAUUAGCAGUUGGCCAACACUGCCAAAAUGUAAACAGUGGUAACACGCGGGUUCAGUUGAAAUUGAAAUGAAUAGAUGAUGGCCGCGGAAACAACUGCGAAAUCUAGCAACAUGCGCCUGGGAAUGUGCGAGGUGUGUGCGGCGACUGAAGCACGCUACGCCUGUCCCAAAUGCGAGGUGAAGACCUGCAGCCUGCCCUGCGUCCAGAUCCACAAGAAGGAACUGACCUGCGAUGGACAGCGGGAUCGCACCAAAUUCGUGCCCCUCAGCGAGAUGACAGCCCGGGAAUUCAUGAGCGACUACUGCUUCCUGGAGGAGUGUACACGCUAUGCGGAGAAUCGUAAAUCCGAUCAGUGCAAGCGAUUCACCAGCGAUCAAAGAAAUCUCCCAGUGCCGCAGCAUCGAAUGCAGACGGCGGCCAAGAAACGCAACAUCCAAUUGCGCCUGCAAGCGGCCAACUUUAGCCGGCACAAGGAGAACACCACGUAUCUGAACUGGAAGCUGGGGCGCUUCUAUUGGCGCGUUGAGUGGCUAUUUGCCAACAUUCCGCUCGAGGCAAAUUCUGGGGAUGUGGCACGUUUUGUGGACGCCCGCUGUGAUGAGGAGCUUGUCCUGUCGGAUCUGAUCCUUAAGUACGUUGAUCUACAGCAGGAAACGGCACGGAACUAUCGCAAGCUGCUAGCCAACCAUCAAACGGCUGGUAUUGGCCAGCUCAGUUUUUGGCUUAAAGCCGAGGGCGUGCGUCGCAGCUCAACGAGAUGUUACCCCCUGGAGGCGGCCAAAACGCUGGCCGAGAAUCUAUCGGGCAGGACCAUCGUGGAGUUUCCCACCAUCUUUAUUACCUAUGAACCUAAGCCACCAGGAGGACAUGAAGCCAUUGACAGCAGUGAAGAAUUAGAGGAGGAAGAGGCGCCCAUGAGCAAACCCAGCUCAACAGUCAAAGCAACCUCAAUUGCAGAGGAUUUGGAUGAACCCCAUGAUGUCUACCAUGAUCUGGCUGCGGCCUUUGCUGGUGAGGAUAUCAGUGAACCUGAAGACGACGAGGAAUUCGAGGCACUUUACAGAGAACAAAUGGAAUCGUAAAAAAAACGAACCGCACCUAAAGAUAAUAGGCAGAUAUAUGUACAUACGUCCAAAAAUGACAUAAGAGCAAGAAGCCAUGGGCAAAGAGGCUAAUAAGUCUGCCCAGAAUUGGCCAGCGACAAAAAAAUGCAAACAAAUAUGCUGAAAGGUCACGAUGCCAGCCAUAAUCACUGUUCAUUAAGCAAAUAAAACUCUUCAAUUGUAUAUUUUUACAUAAA